AUGGCUGAGAAUACCGAACUGAAUUUCACGCAAACUCCUUGCGCAGCCUGCGAACAAAUUUCAACUACUAAUGAGAGUAUGAUUGGCUGUGAUGGAUGCGAAAGCUGGUACCACUGUCGUUGUGUCGGAAUAACCGCCGGAAUGAGGCUGGAAGAAAAGUGGUUUUGCGACAGAGAAACCUGCAAAGCCCUGGCUUACAAGAAUGAAAAAGAGAAGGGUGCUAAAAGAAAAAAUACUAGCAAGAAAAUUGCUAGCGAUUCCGAACGGGCCGUUCAGCAGAGACUAAAGGAGAUGAAAGAAAACCAAAAACGAUUGGAAGUGGCUAUGGAAGCAGAAUUGAUGCUGAAAAAAAGAGAACGACAGUUAAAGCGGACACUGGAGAAAAAGCGAAUGCUGUUAGAGCAACAAAUGCGCGAAGAAGAAGAAAAGGAAGAGCUCGCGCUGCAAGAGCAGAUUCUACGAGAGAGAAAAAUGCAAUUAGAUCGACUACAGGCAAAGGUCGAUUCGAACGUAGGUGGAUCAGAUGUACACCCUCUGGAGAAUAAAAACACACCGCUUCGCAAUCCGGAGGUUAAAGGGCGACAGAAUCCGAAAAAACUGCACCGAUUUGCUGGAGAUGAAUCCUCAGAAGAAGACGGCUAUGAAAGCGAAGAGGAGCAUUCUUCUGGCGAAGAAAAUACUGAUUCUAGUGACAUUGAUUACGAUUCGAAAAAUACAAAAGUGAAGGAAGAUGGGAAAAACGGUAGCAUUGGCCGCGAAGGGCUGGGGCAGCUGCAAUUGAAGCCAACUAAAGCACAACUGGCUGCGAGAAGUGAUCUAGUUGGAAAGCUUCCGGAUAACGAUAAGCGUGAGUGGGUCCGCUACAAACGCGGAAAGAAGCGAGUCACGCUACGGACAUUCACCAAUUUUAUUUCCGAAAUAGUAGAAGAAGCUUGCGAGGCAAAUGUGACGCUAGAGUAUAAGCCCGUUACCGAGUUCCGAACGGGCAAAGACCGACAGAAGGAGAAAGGCGGAUUGUUUAACCAUAGCAUCAGCGAGAACACGAGAGCUAGCAAUCAAGAACGGAAGAGGCAAAAACCUUGCAGAGCAUGUCAGCGCACUGAUCAUCGACUGGAAAUAGUAAAUCAGUGGGGUUUGUGCUCAGUGUGCCUGAACGAACACGGUAUGGCUCAAUCCGUCGUUGGUACGAGUGCCCAUAUUCGAACCAACAACGUGACAUUGUUCCGAAUGAUUCCAGUGAAUCUCCACUGGGGGGAUCGUACAAUCACAGCUCUUGCGUUUUUGGAUGAAGGUGCUUCCGUGACGCUGGUAGAAAAAAAUAUAGCAGAUCGUUUAGGUGUGUGUGGCGUCCAGGAAAAGCUUACGAUUAGAUGGACGGCCGAUAUAAUACGAGUAGAAAAGGAGUCGCGUAGGAUGAAUCUUUGGGUAUCCGCCGUCGGUGCGGAUGACAAAUUGUUGCUGAAGUCAGUUCGGACGGUGGAAAAAUUAAUGCUACCCCAGCAAGCGCUAAAAUCAAAGGAGAUUGCGGCACAGUACGCUUACAUGCAGGGACUAUCGAUAACAUCGUAUGAUGGACGACCGGAAUUACUCAUAGGUUUGAAUAACAUCCAUUCGUUCGCACCGACGGAAAUAAAGGUUGGGACGGAGACAGAACCUAUUGCAGUGCGCUGUAAGCUCGGAUGGACAGUAUAUGGACCAACCCGAGCAAACCAAUUUGAAAAAGAAGGCGCAUGUUUAAACUUUCAUCAAGAGGUCAGCAAUGAACAACUGUACGAUUUGCUAAAGACCCACUAUGCAUUAGAGGAAUCAGUGGUUUGCGUGCCAAGGGAAUCUGCAGAAGAUAAGAGGGCUCGCGAAAUCCUCCAGCGCACUACUAAACGAAUUGGAGACCGCUUUGAAACCGGGCUUCUGUGGAAAAAUAACGAUCCGUAUUUCCCGGAUAGUUAUUCGUUAGCCGUGAAAAGACUGAAGCAGUUGGAGAAAAAACUGGAGAAGAAUCCAGAGUUGUACGAGAACGUAUGCCGACAAAUCGAUGAGUACCAGGAGAAGGGGUACGCGCAUUUAGCAACUCCUGAAGAGCUUGCUGAUACAGAACCAAGAAAAAUAUGGUACCUCCCUUUAAAUGUCGUCUUGAAUCCCAGGAAACCAGGAAGAGUACGGCUCAUCUGGGAUGCUGCAGCUGCCGUGCAGAACGUAUCACUCAACUCUCAGUUAUUAACGGGUCCUGACAUGCUUGUUCCGUUGGUUACAGUAAUAAUCGGAUUCCGAGAGCGCAGAAUUGCCUUUGGAGGCGAUCUGCGUGAAAUGUAUCACCAAGUAAAAAUAAUCGACGAUGACAAGCAGGCCCAACCUCAAUACGUGAAAAACUGUAAUGCACUGGAGUAUGCCGGACAAUAUCCAGAAGCAGUGGAAGCAAUUAUAAAUCGCCACUACGUCGACGAUUAUUUUGAUAGUGUCGAUACCGUUAAGGAAGCAAUUACCAGAACGAAUCAAGUAAAGUUCAUUCAUAAAUGCGCCGGAUUCGAGAUUCGCAAUUGGGUAUCGAACUCGUCUGAAGUACUGCAGAGUUUGGGAGAGGAAAUUUCAGCUACGAAGGUCCAUUUCAAUCAGGACAAGAUUACGUUACAAGAGCGUGUGUUGGGUUUGAUAUGGAAUCCAGAACAUGACGAGUUUUUCUUCUCCACACAGCAUCGAGAAGCAACUCUUCCGUACCUUCGGGGGGACAAACGGCCAACAAAACGAAUAGUGUUGAGUUGUGUAAUGGGUUUUUUUGACCCCUUGGGCCUGCUGGCACCUUUCACAAUACACGGGAAAAUUAUCGUUCAGCAUCUUUGGCGUAGCGGUUGCGACUGGGAUGAUGUAAUUUCCGACAGCUGCUGGGAGAUGUGGAAACGAUGGAUCGGUUUACUGGUGGACGUAGAAAACGUACGCGUCCCACGAUGCUACUUAGGCGAUUCAGUAGCGGCGGACGCUGAGUCAAUAGAGAUCCACAUUUUCACCGACGCCAGUGAAAACGCCUAUGGAAGCGUUGCAUAUCUCCGGGCGGUUUUCAAAGGCGAGGUGCGGUGCUGCCUGGUUAUGUCUCGAGCGAAAGUAGCUCCGCUGAAACGCCAAUCGAUACCUCGACUGGAAUUUAUGGCUGCUGUUCUAGGGGCUCGAAUGAGCCAGACCAUACUAGCAAAACAUACGUUGAAGAUUGACCGUUGUAUUCUGUGGACAGAUUCCUGGACAGUGUGCAGCUGGAUAAGCUCUGACCAGCACAAAUUUAAGCAGAACGUGGUUUUCAAAGUUGGGGAAAUUCUGGAGCUAACUCGUGUAACAGAUUGGCGAUGGAUUCCGACAAAGUUGAACGUGGCUGACUUACUAACUAAAUGGGGUCGAACUCCGUUUUUGCACAGCGACGGAGAAUGGUUCAAAGGUGCAUCUUUUCUUUACAAUUCGGAAAACCAAUGGCCGUCUACGAGUAUACCAAUUGAAGAUACCGACGAAGAAACUAGAGCUCACGUACUGUAUCAUGAGGUCAUCGUUGAUAAUAGGUGCUCGCGAUGGACCACAUUACUUCGAGGUACAGCAUACGUGUUAAGGUUCCUGAACAACUGCAAGCGAAAGAAAAACAAACUUCCCAUCAUCACUAUGAAAGCCACGGAAACUCAGCGGAAGUUGAUCAAAGCGAAACAUGAGACGAUUCAGCUGCCACUAAGCAAAGAAGAGUUCCAGAAGGCAGAAAGUGUUCUUUGGAAACAAGCACAGUUUGAUGGGUUUCCAGACGAGAUGAGCGCGCUGAUGACCAACAUAACGCUCAAACCAGGACAAGAACCCGAGAGGAUUACGAAAUCCAGUUGUAUUUACAAACUAACACCGGUCCUCGACGAAAACGGGGUACUGCGCGUUGGCGGUCGAAUGGAAACAUCAACCGAUAUUCCGUUUGUCAAACGAUUUCCGAUUAUUCUGCCGCGGAAGCACGGCUUGACAAGAAAAAUAAUUCAAUUUUACCACGAAAAGUUUGGUCACGCUAACCGCGAAACUGUGGUGAAUGAGCUUCGCCAACGUUUUUGGAUUCCAAAUAUUCGAGCAGCGAUUAUACAGGUCAUGCGCCAAUGUAUAUGGUGUAAGGUGAAUCGUUGUCGUCCAUUGGCUCCGAUGAUGGCUCCACUACCCGUUCAGAGAGUGACCCCCCAUCUUCGACCAUUUAGCUCGAUAGGCAUCGACUAUCUGGGUCCCAUUGAAGUGGCGGUCAACAGAAGGAAAGAGAAAAGGUUGGUCUGCGUAUUCACUUGUCUUGCGAUUCGUGCCGUACAUCUCGAGGUUGUACAUAGCACAACACAAUCAUGUUUAAUGACCAUACGGAGAUUUAAUAAGGAGCAUGGCAUACCAAAAGAAAUUUUUUCGGACAACGCAACUUGUUUCAAGGGCGCAGACCGCGAGAUGCGUAGAAUCUACAGUGAGUGCGCGAAUACAGUAGCGAGCGCAACGACAGCGUGGCAUUUCAAUCCUCCAGCAGCGCCGCACAUGGGUGGCAUCUGGGAGAGAAUGGUAAGAUCCGUGAAGGAAUGUAUGAAAACGCUUGAUGAUGGAAGAAUCCUAACCGAUGAAGUUUUGCUAACGGUCCUUGCGGAGCAGAGGAUAUGA